CACGUCCGCAGCCUAGCAGCAGAACAGACGGCGUAAACAAAGCAGACCGCUAGGAAUCGGCUAACGCUAAGUAGCUAAUAUUUCACUACUAAAAUACUCAAUAUUUAUGCGCUUGGUUAUAAACGAGCACAUUUUAUUGACGAGUAGGGCUCAGAUGUAAGUGGUAAGCGACUCACGUAUUUGCUGACACUACAAACUAAACGAUACUACAAAUACCGUUAUUGCUAGCUACAUUAGCUUUAGUUAGCCUCGUUUAACGGGAUUUUCAGCUUCUGGAAUGUUUUCCAGGCUAAUAUUUAUCGAAAACACAUGGUAACGACUACCUUAUUCGCUUACGUAAGUUGGGUGAGGCAUUUAAAAGCUGCUAUACAUUUACACUUUGAUGGGUUAGUUCGCCAUGUAGCUAGUUUAGGUUAAGAGUCGAUGAGCUGGCUGAACAGGGCUGGAUAGUGGAGUGUCGCUGCCCACCUGGACCACCACUCAGUCAUUCGGACCCGGACUGCGAUGUUUAGCCUGAUGGCGAAUUGUUGCAACUGGCUAAAACGCUGGCAGGAGCCUGCAAGGAAGGUGACUCUGGUGAUGGUGGGAUUGGAUAAUGCAGGGAAGACUGCCACGGUGCGAGGAAUUCAGGGAGACAAUCCGCGGGACGUCGCUCCCACAGUGGGCUUUUCCAAAGUCGACCUGAAGCAGGGCAAGUUCGAAGUGACCAUCUUUGACCUGGGGGGCGGGAAAAGAAUCCGGGGAAUCUGGAAAAAUUACUACUCGGAAUCGCACGGUGUGGUGUUUGUGGUCGAUUCCAGCGAUGUCCAGCGGAUCCAGGAGACGCGGGAGACCAUGGCCGAGGUCCUUCAGCACCCACGCAUCGCUGGAAAGCCUGUGCUAGUACUUGCAAACAAACAAGACCAGGAGGGAGCACUGGCUGAAGCUGACAUCAUUGAGAACCUAUCCUUAGAGAAGCUUGUUAAUGAGAACAAGUGUCUCUGUCAGAUUGAACCAUGCUCGGCCGUUUUAGGCUAUGGGAAAAAGGUUGACAAGUCCAUCAAGAAGGGCCUGAACUGGCUCCUCAGCAACAUUGCCAAAGACUAUGAAGCCAUCACCGAGCGAGUGCAGAAGGACACAGCUGAGCAGCGCGCUCUGGAGGAGCAAGACAAGAAGGAGAGGGCAGAGAGAGUACGGCGGAUACGAGAGGAGAGAGAGCGGCAGGAGCGGGAGGAGGCAGAGCGAGAGGGAAGGCCCAUCCAAGAAGAUGAGCCCGAUGAGGAGUGCAUUCAGAGCCCCUUCCAGCCAAUAGAGAGCGUGAUUUCUGAAAACGAGGAUAAAGAAAAGGAAAGGAAGAGGCAAAGAGAGCUGCAGGAGGGAAGGAGUAACAGCCCCAGGGCAGCCACUGAUCAAGAGGAGGAGGAGGAUGAGGAGGAGGAGCAGGGGGACACGAGACAAACACCAGAAAACAACACUCCAGCCACGACAGGUGAGCAGAGCAAGAAGAAGACGAGCAAGCUCCACCUGAAGAGGAAGCACAGGGUGGACCCGCUGAGGAUAGAGGACGGACCGACGGAGAGCCUCACCCCUCCUCCGCCUCCAGUGGGAUGGGCCACGCCCAAAGUCUCUAGGCUGCCAAAGCUAGAGCCACUCGGGGACACGGGACAUUCUGAGUUUUACAAGAAGCCUCUCCCGCCCGUCGCCAACAGGCCGAGGCCUAACGGCGACGCUCACGACAUCAUUUCUUAAACCCCCUUUUAGCGAUUGAGGUUGACCAAUCACGACUCUAUUCUCCUGUCCUUUUUGUCUCAAGAGAGCGGCGUGUAGACAACCAAGCAAAUAAAAGCUUGACUGCUGUGGAUGCCGGAGCUGGGGACCUCUGAAAGGGCGAUGGACACUAAACAGAGUGGCGACAGGAAGUCCUGCUCAGAAGCUGUAAUUUGACCUCACAAAUUCAUUGUGAAACUCGCCUGAACUGUGCAUCAGACUCUGUCUUCACAAACAAAAGCACAACUUGGUGUUGAACUCUCUCCAGCUCGUAGACUUUAUAUCCUUCUAUUAAUAUCAGUGUUAGUUCGGACUUCGGUGUCAAACUCCGAUGCUUUUAAUCGACAGCAAAUGUAAAUAUACCCUUUAAAUAUGUCUGAGUGAUUUAUUUGUAUACAUGCCACCAUUAAAAUAACCACAUCAUUUAUUUUUGCACUUCUAGGUUUUUAGUGUAAAACACCAUGUGGCUGAGGCACCUCAGUAAUGAUUUUAAAAAGAAAAAGAAAAAGAAAAAAAAGGUAUCGGUCUUAAGUGGCUUAUUACAGCUGAGUGCUUUAAAUUUGACCUUUUGUGAAGUCGAAAACAUUUUCCCCCUUUUUUUUUUUUACAGCGCUUAUGUGUAAUGAGGGUGAGUCACAGCUGGCAAGUGGAUUUUGAGGAAGUCAUGUUUUUUUAAGGACUGUGUUGACUUUUGAUGUAAAACACAAAGAAAAGGAAAACACUAAUUAAAAAUCUUUAAUUGGAUACAUUUAUAAAGGAACUUUUUAUCUACUGUUUUAAAACAGGAACAUUUACAUGUCUACAGGGCUUUUAACACAUUCUGCUGUUUACACUGUGUGUUCGUUUUUUUUUUGUUUUUUAAAGUGAUAUUUCUCUCAAGACAGACUCGCUGCCUUUUCAGGUGGCCCUCGAGGUGUGAGCUGGUGCUGUUGGUGUCCCAGCUUUUGCGACGCGACUGUCUGCUGCGCCCAUUUUUGCUUUGAAAAAAAAAAACACUAAAAUUGCAUCUUGACGAGCAUAAACACAAAUCUGAAGCUUGGAACACUCCACUGCCCCAGUUAAGUUUGUUUUGUGUGCUGGAGGAGUUUGCAGUAGGGAUGAUAAGGGAAGAAGAACAUACUUCCACAGCAGCACCUGGAACAGCCAGUAUUGGGUCAGAACACAUGAGAAUAUGUGCACCAGAAGUAAUAAAAGAAGUAUCACUUUUAAAAAACCUGCAAUGUUGUAUUUCAGAUCUGUAGUACGAUGCUCACUCUCUUUUAAUGUGCUAGAUGUUUUAAAAAAUAAAGAUAUUUUUUCUAUCCAGAUUGAAUUUUAUAAUGGCAAAAUAAAAGAUGUUUUAAAUAUA